AACGUUCGAUCAGGCUCGGUUUCUUCCGUCUCCGGUCGUCUCCCCCUUCUUCUUCUUCUCUUUCUUUCACCGGCAGAACGCCACGUCCGGCGAUUCCGGCGAUCCAGAUCGCCGGCCGACCCUCCAUUCGGAGCGUGCGAUCGAGAUCGCGAAUCGGCAGGCGGACGAGUGAGCUCGGGUCUUUGUAAUGGGGAUCAGCAAGACGGAAGUGAACCUGAGGAGGUUACUCGCGGCCGCGCCUAAGCAAGAGAAUCAAGCGAAACUCGCCCACUAUGUUGCUACUUUAAGAGAACAACUGGAGCAGCUGGCUGAGGAGAGAACCCCAGAUGGGUUACCAAGAGUUCCAAAGGCAAUGGUGAUUGAUUAUUCUGAAAAGAUUGAAGCAAUUGCUGCGAAGUUAUCAGCUCCUUUGCAUGAUGUGGAUGUGGAAGAGUCUCAGGAGCCCUUUCCAGGAAGUUCUUCUGGAGAAAGCCCUCAUACAGAAUCGGAAGAUCCAGUUACCCCAAGAUCAGGAUUAAGAAGGAGAUUUGCGCCGACCUCAAGUACUGCAGAUACAACUCAAUCCCAUAAUGAAGUUGAUACAUCAGGACCUGUCAAACUUGAUGCUGCAGCACAAGCACACAUUGAAAAGCAUAGGAAGCUUCAAGACGAUCUGACAGAUGAAAUGGUGGGUUUGGCACGGCAACUGAAAGAGAGUAGCCUCGUAAUGAGUCAGUCCCUGCAAAAUACAGAAAAAAUACUUGAUUCAACAGAGAAAGCUGUUGAGGACAGCUUGGCAAGCACAAAUCGGGUUAAUGUACGAGCAACACAGAUAUACUCAGAAAGCUCUAAGACUACAUGCUUUACUUGGCUUCUGAUCUUCGGGAUGACAUGUAUCUUUAUUAUGGUUGUGCUUUUGAUUCGUGUGACAUAGGACAAUCCUAUUUCAAGUUUUGUCAGUUGAAUUAUAGUACUUCGCAUCCUGUUAUGUUGUUGAAAACGUGACAGUGUAAAUGUGUAGCUUAAACUCUUUGCCAAUUGAAUUGUGAUUGAGCUUUUAUAUGGUUCUCUAGACUGAGUUAACAGUGCCCUGAGGCCUGCAUUUCUGAUGCACUCAGGAGGUAAUGAUGACUGAUAUAUUCAAAA